AUGUUCAAACUUCCUCAACUUCAGACUUUCCUCGACAAGUCGUCAGUGAGUUCGAGGUGGUCCCAGAGUGCUCGAGGGGGCCUCCUUGGUCCCCCCCGAAAGAUGCAAAAGACGGGACUCGAUUUGACCACCUCUCGUGAUUCUCUGAACAUGGCGGGCUGCGCCAUCGACCAUACUGACCCGGGGGGUAUCAAGUGUGAAGCGGUACCAACCAUCUGGUCCUCAUUCGUUGAUGCCUUCGUCGAUGCCUCAGCGAUGGGCUCUGUCGGAAAGCGCAACUUGAGGGGGCUUCCUGCUUCCAAGUUGCCAGCUCCGGAGCGUCUGGUUGCGAUCGGUGACCUUCACGGCGACCUGCGAAAGGCGCGCCGGGCGUUCCGUUUGGCGGGGGUGGUCGACGAGAAGGACCGCUGGAUCGGAGGCAAGACGGUGGUAGUUCAGGUAGGGGACGUUCUCGACCGGGGGGACCAAGAGCUCCAGAUCUUCCAUAUGUUGGAGCGGUUGCAACACCAGGCGCGGAAAGCGGGGGGCGACGUCCACGUGUUAAACGGAAACCACGAAACGAUCAAUGUCGAGGGGCGUUUCACAUACGCAACGCCAGGGUCCAAGUCACAGUUCGAUCGAUGGAUGGCGUGGCACGAGGUAGGCAAGAAACUAAAGAAGAAGUGUCGAGGGGCUCUUGUAGAGCGGAACGACUCUUCCCCAAUCUUCCCUCCCCACGUACCCCCCCAUUUCAAAAGCCGCUACGCGGCCUUGCGGCCGGGGGGUCCCGCCUCCACUCGUUUCUUCGGGACGAACCCGACCGUGCUGCAGGUCGGGAGUACGGUGUUUGUGCACGGGGGGCUUCUGCCGGGGCACGUCGACUACGGCCUUGAUCGAAUAAAUAAGGAGACGUCGGAGUGGAUCCAGGGCAAGAGCGGCCCCCAGGGCCCCGCCUUCACCCGGGGUCGCAACGCCGUCGUGUGGCUGCGCGAGUUUUCGCUGCCCAAAGUAGAACCGGAUUGCCGCCUGCUACAGGAGGUGCUCGGGAAGAUUCCCGGAGCCGAGCGAAUGGUUGUAGGGCACACCAUACAGUUCCCGCUUGGCGUGACCGGCGCCUGUAACAAUCGGGUUAUCCGAGUGGACGUCGGCAUGUCUUCAGGCUGCUAUGACGCGCAGCCCGAAGUUAUUGAGAUUCGUAACGACGAGGAAGUAAGGAUUCUCAGUGAAGAGCGUAAGCCUGAGCUGUUGGAUAGUUCGAGUAGAAAGGGAGGCGUCCAGAAGGCAAAUGCAGAGAAGCGGACGUUUAUGGACAUUGUUCGGGAGAGCAUGCGGACUGCAUAAGAGCUCGAAUGCAACGACAUGCAGCGGCAUGUCCACCGAGCUGAUCUCCUGAGGUGAAAAUCUGCGGUUAAAAGCGAAUGGCGGAAUAAAACUUAAUGUUUGCUACGCUUACUUACGCUGCUGUCUGAAAAGUACGGUAAGGUUAGGCCGAACAAAUGGUUUACUUGGCGUGUUGGCCGGCUUGGCUGCCGCGUUCUUCAUUCGGGAGGCCCUGGGGCAUCGUGCACGC